AUGCGCGAAAGUGAGAAACAUUUGGACAAAAUCGUGAACAUCGAUGAGUUUGUUCGCCGCCUCUUCGCCGUCACCUUCUCUAACGACCCGUUGGCCAGAAGUAUAACUCUGCGAACGCUGGCCAAUAUGGCCCGCAUUGUCCGCCACCGCAAGUCUAUUCAUCACUACAUCCGCAACAGUUUGGACUCCAAUGACGAGAUGGAAGUGUUGGCCGCAAUCGAGGCGUCCGCCAGUUUUGCCGAGAAGUCCGACGAAUUCGCCGCUAAUAUCUAUCCGAAGAUCUUCUCAAUGAUCAACGGUUUGACGACUCCGUUGGAGAUUAAGACCAAACUGUUGUUAGUCUUGCAUAACAUCCACUUUGACUGCGAAGUGGCCGAUAAAGUGCGACAAAACUGUCUUCAAAUGCUCAACACUUAUCCGUCGGAACAGUUUGUGUGCAAUGACUUACAUGUGUUGACACACAUCGCGUCCGUGUCUUUGACUCAAAUUCCCGAUCAAAUCCAUGUAUUGCUCGAAUACUUCACGAAUGAUCCGCGAAAUAACGUAAAGCUAUCGGUUUUGUCUGAUUUGAAAUGUUUGGCCGCAAACAGUCCUCAUUUGUGGCAAAAGGGAAGCGCUUCCUCUUUAGUCGAUUCCAUACUAAAUCUUAAGGACAAAAACGGCUCCAAAAGGGAUACAAAUCUCUUGUGUAAAGCGUUGUCUGUUUUGUCUGAAUUGUCGAGUUCUCCGACACUCUUCUCAGACGAACCCCAAUAUUACAGCGAAUUGUGUCUAAAAAUGAUUAACUUUUGCAUCAAAACUGUUGACAGCGAACACAAUAUUCAACUCAUUUCCACUUGUAUUUGCAUUUUGAUUAACAUUUCGCUGAAUCUCAGCUCUAAAUGUGUUAUAGAUAUGGAUGUCAUGCAAGAGACCUGUUGUGCCAUUCAAUCGUUCCUCUUGUGGGGCAUCUCUUCUAAUGAAGACAAUUACACCGAAGAGGAGAGCAAUGGCGUGAAGACUAUAUUUAAGUGUAUUCUCUCGAUCUGUCGGUCCCCGAAGUUGUCAUCAAUCACUCAAAUGACAGAAACUCUGAGAUUCGUUAUAAUGAAUGUCAAAAUGGAUUCGCUUUGGUUUGGAUGCGCCUCACGAGUGAUCUGCGCUAUUGUCUCAACCCUUUCCAUAAACGAAACUUUUGUUGCCGAAGACAUACUUGAGUUAAUCAAAACGAGUCCCAAAUCGAGUGACAAUACAAACUACUUGAAUGUAUUGACAGUAUAUUUUCAAAUCAAUUUACAUCAAAGCACACAAAUCAACGAAGAGGUGGCCAACAGUUUGUUGUCUUCAUUCAAAGGUCGCGACCUCUGGAGCUGUUAUAAAAUGGUUCGCCAGUCGAUGCGUUACGGCCAGCAUUUGAUGGCUGCUAUGAUUUUGGACCGACUUCUGGCACAUAUGGAACCGAUUGAAAGCAAUCACUUUUGGAUGAAAAGUUUGGCCAAUAUAUCAAAGGCCGAGAGUUUUCUCAUUAAAAAUGUGGACGAAUUGGACAAAAACUUUUGCACUUCGAUCUCACUAUACAUCGAAGGCUUGACUCACUUGAAAGCCUCGAUCUCUGCCAACAAUCCGAUGCGAUUUCAGUGCGAAUUCAUUAGACUUCGACUCAAAUACCUUCAAACGCAUCACAACUUUAGACAGUGUUGUCAACUGAUCCGGACGUCGCCUCCGCCGGCGAUCGCCGCCUCCACAGCGCUCACCACAAGAGACGAUCUGUUAAAGUGUGGAAAUAUAGUGAUAGCGAUGAGACGGUCGGCCAAAGAGUUCCGUUCGGUGGCCGAAGCGUACAGUUUGUUAUACCAGUCGUCGUUCAACGCAGACGUCAACACUUUAGCGCAAAUACAGUUACUUCAGAACAGUUGCGUAAUCCUCGCCGAAGCCAUCGAAAACCUCUUCCAAAGCAAUCGUUUGAAUUCAAUGGUUGUCUCGAAAGAGAGUCCAUUCGAGGGAAACGCCGAACUGGCCAUCAAUUGUUCCCCUUUAGAACACAGACCACUCAUUCACAUGUGUAGCCAAAUAUCGACACUCAUUCACAAAGACUUGAAUGCAAUCCAAACAAACGAUUUGAUUGGAAGCAAACAGAUAUCACUGUUGAUGGAAAUCAGUUCGCAAAUACUUCGGGCGCCGCUCUCUUUCCCCCGAUUCUACUUCCAGUCCACACAAAACACUUGUAUAAAACUGGCGGUCUCUCCGCAGCCCAAGUCUGGUUCAGAUGUGUUACUAAUCAAUAGUAAUACACAUUUUGCGCUUCGCAUCGAAGGCGUUAUCGUCAACGUUAAGAACCAGAAAGUGAUCCGAAAUGUGGGCAAAGUAUUGAUUUGUGUGAACGGAGUGCUCAUCUCUCGGGCCAACAAUAAUGACCGCAACGUCGAGCCAUUGAAGAGCAACGACACCAACGUAUCGCUACAGUCUGUUGUCUACCCGCUUAACGACUACUUUCAGGUGCAGUUCCUGCUCUUACUUCCAGUGAUCGGUUUGUAUUCAAUCAAUAUCGAGACCUCUAUUAUUGACGAGAAUGAGGCCCAAUGGAAGACCGGACCUAAUCUAUCGAUUGCCGCCAAAAUCAUUGAGGAUCCCGUCAAAUGA